AUGUCCUGGGGCCCCUGGGGCCGGAAGGAGACUAAGGAGAGCAAGGGCAGCUCGUCCGCCUCCCCGCGCUCGAAGGAGAAGGAGCCCAAGGAGCGAUCCGUUUCACCCCUGCAGUCUAGGUGGUCUUCGGCCCGGCAAGCCGUGGAACGCACGGUGAAGACUGCAACAGCCGUGAACGCGCUUUCUCGGCCUGCCCGGUCAAACUCACCCAGGCCGCAGCCGAUUGGAACAAGCGUGGUGGAGUGGGCUGACCACAAGCAGCUCAAGGAAAUCGCCAAGGAUCUGCAGCGGCAGCUGCAACGAAAGGAAGCAGACUCACAGCGGCUGACAGAACGAGUGCAGACGCUGGUUUCUUUGCGAGAUGAGCAGCUGUCUGAGAGCCAAGCGGAGAGCCGCAGGCUGCAUUAUGCUCUGGAGCAGGAGGAGGUGGAGGUGCAGCGCCUGAAAGGACGAGACUCUGAGUUGCAAGAGGCCUUGGCGGACGAGGUCUCUGGACGACAGCGGGCUGAGCAGCAGCUGAGACAGCCAUGCAGGGACUGUGCCGAAUACCGAGCGCAGCAUACUGAGAUGAUGGCCGAGUGUCAAAAUCUGCGGGUUCAGCUUGUUGAGUUUGAAGCACUAAAGCUUCAUCUCCAAAAGGCACGCUUGAACCAGGAGCGGCUAAGAGCCCAACUGGUCCAGGAUCUGACACAGCUCUUAGCGCGACAUCAGGACGAUCCUGCUGGGAGGGAGCUCGCGCCCGAGGAUCAAAAAAGCAGCGCCGGCCACGAGAACGCGAAAAAGGAUGGGGCGAAGACUCGCUGA